AUGGUUUGUCGGUUGACGUUCCCCCCCCCCUCAUGCAGGGCGUCUUCGACUCGGUAACCUUUCAUCUCAGCCCGAGUUGGUGUGGUUGCUAUCAGUAUCUGGCAGACUGUCUCUGUCUCCCUUUUCUCUCGCAGCUUCCUUUCGAAUCUGUCUCCUUUUUAUCCCCCUCCCCUCUCUACUCCUGUCCUUGCUCCUCUCUCUCUCUCUCUCUCUCUCUCUCUCUCUUUCCUUCUCCUUCUCUUAUUCCGUUGACACACAUCGGGAGCCUCAAGUAAUAUCAACAUGGGACGGCUUAUUCCCCUAGGAGCUCUUGCCUGCCUGUGCUUGGGCUCGGAGUCUAAGGCGUUGAGAUGGCAGGACGACACCCCGAGCUGGGUGCCCCCCAAGCAAACCAUUGCCGCGAUGAACAUGGAGGAGCUCGGGUUCAGUCCCAGGCCUACAACGGCGCCCGACCCGGCCAAUGUUGAACUGAAGCUGGCCAAGCGUGUGAGAGGCGACGACACUUGCGGUUACAUUUCCGGUGAAUCCACCAAUUCCAUCUACUGCGAGGUCGGAACUUGUGUCAUCAACAGCUUCUACUCCGUGGUUGGGUGCUGCGCGUCCUCCGCGUUGACGGAUUGCAGGAUUGCCACCAGCUGUCUCCCGUCCUCUUCCUCAAGGUUCUACACCAGCGGUGACACGCUCAUGCGGUUCUGUUCUGCUUCAGCACAGCCCGAGUGCAUCACUUACGUCUACUCCGGUUCAGACUUCAAUCGAUAUACUCUCUACGGAUGCGCCGUCAGUGAACAGAGAGUCGUCGUCUAUGCCAAUCCCACAGACUCCUCCGUCACAGAUGAGGCUACGACAUCCGAUCCGUUAGCAAGGUCUAUCCAACCCACUGCCUCUCUUACCGACACGGGCACCCUGUCUCCAGCAUCCUCAACUGCUGCUGCGUCAGGGGGGUCCGGCAGUGGCGGCGGUGGUGGUGGCGGGUCAUCCACCCCAGUAGGCGCCAUCGUUGGCGGUGUUGUCGGAGGCGUAGCCGCCAUCGCCCUCAUCGUCUUCGGCAUCAUUUUCCUCCGCCGUAAGAAGAAGAAGGACGCGGCCGCAAACAACACCAACAGCCUGGCCGCUCCUGCCACAUAUAACGGUCCUCCGCCACCUCAGCAGGGACAGCCGCAGAUGUACCAGCAACCCAUGGCCCCGCCGACGCAGCAGUCGUCACCGGGAGGCUACGCUCCUCCACCCCACCCUUCCCAGGACAGCACCUACCCGCAGGGUUUCGCGCCUGUGGACAACAGACAAAGCAUGCUCAAGCAGCCGUACGAUGUCACGACGGGCUCGUAUGAGCAAACCGGCGUCAGCCCCCCGGCGAGCCCGCCGCCCUUGAGCCCUUCGCCGACGUACCAGUCCGGGGUUCCGCAGUACGUUGCGACUCAGAACGCGGGUAGCCCGACAUAUCCUCCCCCACAGCAGCAGCAGCAGCAGCAGCAGCAUCAAGGAAGUUACUAUAACGCGCCGCCGCCACCUGCGCAGGGACAGCCGGCACAUCCGCAGCAACAUUACCAGCAGCCCGGUUUCACGUCCGAGCUGCCUACUCAUAGGGGCGACAACGAAUUGCGGGAACUGGCUUAGACGACGGAGGGUAUGGGUGCAAGGGAACGGAACAUAUUGGGGAUGGAUUUGGGUUAUCAAGGGUAUGAUAUAAUGUCUACAAAGCCUACCACCCAUUAGCAUGGGAAGACGGGGUUCUAGCAAGACAAUGAAGGGACAGGGAUGUGAAAGGGUGAACCAUUCGUUAUGUGUACAUGCAAUAACCCCCCAUCAUCUUUUACACGGCCUGAACAGGUUUACGACCCUCUCUCUAAUGCAC